AUUUUUAUUCUUUUUCCCCCCAGACAGAAAUAACGUGGUCCGUUCCCUCUUCCAUCCAGUUCUCUUUAGUGUUUGCCAAUGUCGGAGGUGUAACUGGGGUCUGGCCCUGGACAAAGGAAUAGAGCAUGGCUCAAGUGAAAGUACAGACCUCAGCACCCCUGGCUGGUCCUGGCCUCUCCCCCGGAGUUCCCCCGACGGCCAUGGCCAGCCCAGGACCCCUGGGUCUGCAGCCCUCCGUCAACGGCACAGGCCCGGCCCCCACACCCGCCUGCCCUGCUCCUGCAGUCGGAUAUGGGGACGCCCCUGUGUCUUCUACAUCGCCAGGCCCGCCCCAGGAGAACAUGGCAAACCCUAAAGAGAAAACUCCAAUGUGUUUGGUGAAUGAGUUAGCCCGUUUUAAUAGGAUCCAACCACAGUACAAGCUCCUCAAUGAGAGAGGCCCUGCACAUGCUAAGAUCUUCACCGUGCAGCUGACUCUUGGGGAGCAGGUGUGGGAGGCCGAGGGCACCAGCAUUAAAAAGGCCCAACACUCCACAGCCGCCAAAGCGCUGGACGAGAGUGUCCUUCCCAGGCCGGCGCCCCGCUCCCCUAAAGUGGACAUCAACAGCAACCCAGGCAGUAUAACACCCACAGUGGAGCUGAAUGGUCUGGCCAUGAAGAGAGGGGAGCCAGCUAUCUACAGGCCUUUGGAUCCCAAGCCCAUGCCCAACUACAGAGCAAACUACAACUUCAGAGGGAUGUUCAACCAAAGGUACCAUUAUCCUGUUCCUAAGAUCUUCUAUGUGCAGCUGUCUGUGGGGAGUCAUGAGUUUAUCGGCGACGGACGCACCCGCCAGGCGGCCAGACACAACGCUGCCAUGAAGGCCCUGCAAGCCCUGCGCAAUGAACCCAUCCCCGAACGGCCACCACAGAGUCCAGAGGAAAAAACGGAGAGUGAGGAUGGCACCGAUGCCAGCAAAUCAGAGAUCAGCCUGGUCUACGAAAUCGCCCUGAAGAGGAACUUAUCUGUCAACUUUGAGGUGUUGAAGGAGAGCGGCCCCCCGCACAUGAAAAGCUUCCUGACCCGCGUCAGCGUCGGGGAGUUCUCCUCCGAGGGCGAGGGCAAUAGCAAGAAGCUGUCCAAGAAGCGCGCCGCUCUGUCCAUCCUGCAGGACCUGAAGAAGCUGCCCUUUAUCCCCAUUGUGGAGAAACCCAAGACGCACUACAAGAAACGUACCAAGACCAUCCUCAAGGUACUGCAGCUGGGCCGGGCUGGGCCGGGAGAAGCUGGGGCUUCGCCGCACAUGACACGCUGUGAUUUUUAUCUUACUGGACCAGACUAUGGCCAGGGCAUGAACCCGAUCAGCCGUCUGGCCCAGAUCCAGCAGGCCAAGAAGGAGAAGGAACCAGAGUACCUGCUGCUCUCUGAAAGGGGGAUGCCCCGACGUCGGGAGUUCAUCAUGCAGGUGAAGGUGAAUAACGAGGUUGCCACGGGAACAGGACCCAACAAGAAGGUGGCCAAGCGGAACGCAGCCGAGGCGAUGCUCCUGCAGCUGGGAUACAAGGCCUCCACAGUCCCUCAGAACCCCACCGAGAUGGACAACAAAGGCUGGAACGGACAAAAGGCGUCAUUUACCGAAGCGACGAGUAACACCCAGAAGGGUCUGCUCCACCUCAGCCCCGACGUUUACCAGGAGAUGGAGGCCAGCAGGAAGCAGGGGGGCAGCGCUCCGGGCCCCGGCAGCAACAGCAACAGCGGCGGCGGCUCCGUCAACUACAUGACAUCCAAAGACAUGGGGCCCUGCUCUGCCCCGCUGCCCCCUGGACACCCUCCGUACUACAGCAGCUCCGGCUCCUCACCCAGCCCGACCGCCACCAUGGCCAGGGAGCUGCUGCUCAACGGUCAGUCGCCCACAGGCGACGCCUCCCUAUCCAUGAAGGGGAAGAACUCUACCCUGCCCUGCGGCGUCUCGGUGCAGCCUGCACAGCAGCUGGACUACCUGGCUCGCAUCCAGGGCUUCCAGGUGCAGUACAGCGACGCGCAGAGCGGUAAGGAUUUCGUGACCUAUCUGACCCUCUCCCCUGUGCAAAUGACUUUCCACGGCACCGGGAGCACCCUCCAAGCCAGCCAUGACCAGGCUGCUCUAAGUGCCUUGAAACAGCUGUCGGAGCAGGGACUGGACCCGGUGGAUGGCCCCAUCAAGACCAGUGAACCAUGCGGGAGGGAGGACGGACAUUAAACAGACUAACUCAGGCACCACCACUCAGGUCUGCAAGGAUUCAAAGGCUGUCGUCUAGGAGCUGACAACCCCGAACCCCCCUCUUUCGGCGUACACAAACCUGACAAACCCCACCCACCCCUUCACCCCGAUGUCCCAUAACCCACAACCCACAAUUGUCCCCACUACCUACAAUUCCCCCCACCCUCUCUCCCAACCCACCCCCAACCCCACGAUUGCCACUGUAUCCUGCAAAACCUGUAAACAUGCAAUAGGGUGGAUGUGCACCGAGAAAUGACCGACUAAAACACCAUUACCUGAGUCUAUGUGAAGACAACGCUAUGUUAACACGUUUAUUGAUGAUUUCAGUCAAAAUUUUAGAGGAUAAAAAAAAAAUAUUAAACACAAACUAAUGAGAUAAAUGCAUGGUACUGUAUGAAAUCAAGGGAAAUCCAAAGUGAUACACUGCAUAUAGACAAUUUUCCCUUUGGAUAAAUGUCUGUUGGUAUGGUUAAAAACAAAUAUGUACAUCAUGCCAUUGAAACACAAAAGAAACAUUUUAGGGGAGAAACCAACUUGCGUACAGUAGCUUAUUUUUUCGGGGGUAUUAUGUUUCAGUUUUUUUUAUUACUAUUAUGAUUUUAUUUUACUAAUCUAACAAUGCUUGAGUACUGUAUUUAAAAUUAACCAAUGCCAGUGCUGUGAAAGUUGUAGUUGUUGUCUUCAUAUAUAGUCACCCAGCUUACCUUGUAUGCUGACAUAAAAAAAAAAAAGAGUUCAUCUAUCUAUAUGGAUGUGUAUGACUUGCAAGAGUAUCAUAUUCCGAAAAAUAACACAGAAAAAGUUUUUUUCAUGUGGACAAAAAGGACAAAACUGGUGUUAGCAGUAAUCAGUAGAAGUGUCGACCACCCAGGAGGGAAGGUUGGACUAACCUUUACGUCCUGAAGGGUCUAAUUUUCCCGUUUAACAUGACCCCCCUCACACUGGCAUAGCAUCACUGGAGCAUCACCUGACCAACAGCGGAGGCAGAGCGGCCACCACAGUUGUACUUUUUAAUCUAGAGGCCCGUGGCGAGCAUUUUGCGCACAGUCUCUAAUGCCAGUAAACAUUCAAGUCAAAACUCCAGAGAGUUUUGUGACUGCAUGUCCUCCGGUGAAUGAAAAGUUCCUCUCCAUUCCAGUGAUUUUGUGUCAGUGGAUCGCCCCCUCCCCCCCCCCCAUCCCUUCUCCCUCCCCCCACAGUUUUGUCGAUCACAUCUACACCCAUUGUGUGUGUUGUAUUGACCCGCCAAGGCAUCAACUGGGUGCUUUUAAUGCCUGCAUUCUGUCGGGAGUGCAUCUUUUGAGCGGAGAGAGUCUGCGUCCGAUUCCGCAGGCUCUCUCCCCCCCGAAGGCCACUUUGAGUCACUUUGUUCACUGACAUUGAGGACGUGUCUUCUUCUUCGCUGUGAGUACAAUGUGUAAUAAGGCUGUUUCUGUUACUGAAAUGCAGUAAAAACACCUCAGUUCAUGUGAAAAAAAAAA